UUUGUAUGUAUUAAAAAAAUCACAUUUUCUUUAAACGUAAUUUAUUUAUUUUUUUUAAUAUGUCAGAUUCUGAUAGUUCAGUAGAUUCAGAUUCUGGCAUAAGAUUCAAAACACAAAGUGUACGAAAUUUGUCUAAUAAUAAAGAUAGUUUAAUAUUUGAUAGGCAGAAAAAACAUAAUGAUUACGAAUAUAAUAAAUAUGAUAAACGAUAUAAUCGAGAUGAUGAUUAUAGAUACAGAAAACGCCAUAAACAUUCGGAGGAUAGAAUUCGAUCGAGUAGACGAGAAGAUUGUUUUCAAGAUGAAAGAACAAGUAGUAAGCGGGAAAAUUUAAUUAAAACAUAUGAUUAUGAUUCUGUAAGUCAUAAAAGUAAAGAAUAUCAUGAAAGUAAAAGGAAAAAGCAUAUUUUAAAAUCGGAAGAUAACGAUAGUCUCGACCCAUAUGGACCCAGUCUGCCACAUCGUACCGUAAUUAAUAAACAUAAAGAUACUCAAGAAACUAAAAGAGAAAUUGUAAAAUUAAAACAUAGUGAAAUUAAUGAUACGUAUGGACCGGAGCGACCGAUUUUACCUAAUUCGACAAUUCUUAAAAGUAAAGAUUUUCAUGAAAUCAAAAAGCAAAGUGUGAAAUUAGAAGAUGAUGCAGUCAAUGAUACAUACGGACCCGUUUUGCCUAGUACCACAAUUCUUAAAAAUGAAGGUUUCCAUGCAACGAAAAGGGAAAGUGUGAAGGUAGAAGAUGACAAGACUAAUGAUUGUAUAAAUGGAUCAACCACAACAGAAGAUGUAGACACCACAUACGGUCCUUGCUUGCCAUCAAAACCAGAACCAAUUAUAGAUGGUACAAAACUAUCUGGUUUUACUUUACCAACUUCAUCUGUAAACAAUUGUAAGGAAAAUGAAGAUGAAAACUCCUACGGUCCAUGUUUACCAACGAGUGUAGCUAAAUCAAAACCAGAGAAAAUAUAUGGACCAAGUUUGCCAUCCACAUUUAAAAAGAGUGUGCCCGAUGAUAACGAAAAAGAUGCCAACGAAGUAUCCGUAACGAGUCCCGAAACUAAUAGAAAAUAUGGACCAUCAUUACCUUCAACAUCUGCAAAUAUAAAAAUGUCUCCUGUCUCUGAUGAAAAUAUGUCUGAACACGUUGAAUCAAAUAUUAUUUCUACCGCUCAUGAAAAUAUAGAUCAAUCUGACGAUGAAGAAAAUGUGAUAGGUCCACUUUUACCAGGAAUGGUUAAAAAUAAUCGUGUACAAUCGGAAUUAGAAUGCCGUGCAUUAGAAUUAAAAAUGAAAUUAGAAUUUCCGUCCGCAGAGCAAAAAACACGAGAAGAUUGGAUGGUAGAAUUACCUGGUAUACAAAAAGUUUCCGGCUUAGGACCAAGAAAAUUUCGUGCGAAUCCUGGUCCUGAUUUAACUGAUCGAUCAUCUUGGACAGAUACUCCUCAAGAGAAAUCUAAAAAACACAGUACGAAAAGUUUGAAAAAUGAAUUAAAAAUUGAAGCAGAAAACCGCGAAAUACAGAGGAGAGACAAGGAACAAGAAAAAAUUAUUAAGAAUCAUAAAAAACAUUCAAAACGAGAUAAAAGUUUAAUGGAUAUGCAUCAACAAAAAUUGGCGAAAGAGAAAAAGGAAGCUGGUAAAACUGAAAGAAGGCCAUUUAAUCGAGAUAUUGAUUUAAAAUUAAAUAUGUUCGAUCCAGAAAAAAAAUCUCGUAUGAUGAAAAAUGCAUGUUUAUUAGAUGAUAAAUUUUCAACAGGAAAAUCGAAAUAUUUAUGAAUAAUUGUAAAUUUUUAA